ACGAACCCUUUUGGUCCCUCGCCUGGACCAACCACUACGCCCUUCGAUUUUGCUAAGUACCGGUAAGUGUCUGGUCUGGUCCAGUUCCUUGACAAAGAUCAUAUUCUCUUAUUCUCCCCGAGUCUGCAAACAUCAACAACCAAAGCUCAUUAACCAAAUCCUCAUUUGGUGUCGAUCUCGCAUUAUAAACCCUUCGUUCGCUCCAAGAAAUAAAAGAUAAGCAAAAAUGGCGCCCUCCGCUAUCGCCGACCUUCUCCCCUCAGGCCCAUUGACCUCGAAAUCCGUCAAACCCGCCAACGAACACCACGUCCAUGGCAUGCAAGACAAGAGCCCGAUCGCCGCCAUCUCCCACGGCGAUGUCAUGCUCCCCGGUGUCCCAACAUUCACUGAUUUCGCCGCCCAACGGCAAUGGCAACUCGAACACAUGGCCGCCGCAUUCCGCCACUGGGCCCGCGAGGGUUACGUAGAGGGCAUCUCAGGCCACAUUAGCGUCAGAGAUCCCGAGCAUGAAGACGUCUUCUGGACGAACCCUCUAGGCGUACACUUCGGCCUCCUCAAAGCCAGCGACAUGAUUGCCGUCAACUUUGACGGCAAAGUCGUCGGCGGCAACCGCACCCGCCCACCCAACGCCGCAGGCUUCUUGAUCCACAGCGAAGUGCACAAAGCCCGCCCAGACGUCCACGCCGUCUGCCACGCUCACACCACCUACGGUAAAGCCUGGAGUGUCUUUGGCCGACCCCUCGAAAUGCUCACCCAGGACGCCUGCAAAUUCUACAACUCGCACAGCGUGUACAACUCGUACGGCGGUGUCGUGCUCGCCAGCGAAGAAGGCGCCCAGAUCGCCAAAGCUUUGGGUCCCACCAACAAGGCGUGCAUCCUGCGCAACCACGGAUUAUUGACUGUCGGCAACACCGUCGACGAAGCUGCAUUCUUGUUCUUGUCCGCGGAGCAUGCUUGCCAGGGUCAAUUGCUCGCCGAGGCCGCCUCGCAGGGUGGCAAGAUCGAGAAGGCCCUCAUCUCCGACGAGGAGGCCUAUUACACCAACCGCAUGGAGAGCGACUCCGAGACAUGCUACGCCGAGUUCCAGGCCUAUUAUGAUUGGGAGAUGCAUCACUCUAAAGGAGAUUUCAAGAACUAAGUGGGAAAAGUCUGUCUGCUUGGAAGUAAUUUACAUACAGGAGAGUGUUAGGCAUUGACGGAGUUUUGUUGAUGUUGAUGUGAAAUAACGAAGUUGACGGCUGAUAGAAUGUGUGCGGAUCCAUUCAUUGUAUCUUAUCCUGUACCACCCAGAAGGGCUGGUACUCAUAUCGAAUCAAAGCACAUAAAGCAUAGUGUACGUCCAGUCUUGGACAUUUUGAGCGACCCUUCCACCCGGCCAGUGCCUCUAUUCUGCCUCACCCAUCACCCGAUAUUGCAAUAUCACAUCAUUCUUCCCAUUUCAAUUCUGCCCUUGAUAUAUCAUUUCCGCAGGAAUGGGUCGACUUCUUCCGAAUCGAAUGGACCAGGCAAACCCCUAACAAACCCCAAU